AUGUGUGAUAUCUACAGGUUGUUGCAAAUUCUGUCUACUGAGGAAGAUGUGUAUCUUGUUUAUGAUCAUGUUGACCUAAAUCUUGAAAGAUACAUCACCAAUCACUUGCCUAGCAUUGCCACUUUCGAAAGAUGUGUUCUAUAUCAAGCUCUUUCGGGACUCACAUACCUCCAUUCUCACCACAUUGUACACACCGAUAUCAAUCCUUUUAAUAUUCUCGUUGAAUGCCACCUAGAUGAUGAAUCAUUUCCUACAGUCAAGCUAUGUGGUAUUCCUGCACCCAAAACUUCUAUUCAUAAGGCUCGUCCUAACUAUACAGCACCUGAACUUUUGAUGGGCUCAACCAAUUACUCGGCUGCAGCUGAUGUCUGGUCUUUGGGCUACAUAUUUGCUCACAUCAUUAAGCGCCGACCUCUGUUCAAUAAUUUAGACGAGCAUGGGGUAUUGGCUGAGAUAUUCUGUUUGUUUGGCACGCCAACAGAAGAAACUUGGCCUAGAGUGUCUUCUAUAUGCAAUUUUCUUCAAGAAUUUAACCCUCCAAUACAGCCAAAGGACCUGGCUAAAGAGUUCCCAAGCCUCGGACCUACUGGUCUUGAUCUUCUUUCGUCGCUAAUGGUUGCAAGUGCAAUCGGUGUUUGUAUACCACUACUUGGUAAAGUGAUACCUGCUUUAAGUCCUGAGAAAGAUAUAUUUUUUGUCAUCAAAGCUUUUGCUGCUGGUGUGAUAUUAUCAACCGGUUUCAUUCAUGUGCUUCCUGAUGCUUUUGAAAAUCUUACUUCACCUUGUUUGAAGGAACAUCCAUGGGGUGAUUUUCCUUUUACCGGUUUUGUCGCUAUGUGUACUGCUAUGGGGACUCUUAUGAUUGAUACAUAUGCCACUGCUUAUUUUCAAAAUCAGAAUUCUAAAAAAACACCGACACAAGUCGAGAAUCAUGAGUCAACCCCAGAUGUAGAGCAUGAAGGACAUGUGCAUGUUCAUACUCAUGCUUCACAUGGUCAUGCACAUGGCCAUGCUUCUUCGGAGACAUCAUCAGAACUUCUUCGUCAUAGGGUUGUAUCACAGGUAUUGGAGUUGGGGAUUAUUGUUCACUCGGUUAUAAUAGGAAUUUCUCUUGGUGCUUCUGAUGAGAGUUCUAAAACCAUAAAGCCAUUAGUAGCUGCGUUGACUUUUCAUCAAUUCUUUGAAGGCAUGGGACUUGGAAGCUGUAUAACUCAGGCAAAUUUCAAGAGUCUAUCUAUUACGAUCAUGGGAUUGUUCUUUGCUUUGACAACUCCGGUAGGGAUUGGAAUUGGCUUAGGGAUUAGUAGUGUUUACGAUGAGAACAGUCCAACAGCCCUCAUUGUUGAAGGAAUCUUCAAUGCAGCUUCAGCUGGGAUCUUAAUCUAUAUGGCACUUGUAGAUCUUCUUGCUGCUGAUUUUUUCAUUAUUCGUAUUUGGGAUUCUGAGGUCGGCCCUGAUUUCCUAUAA